CCGGUGUAAAUAAACGAAGAUUACAGUGACAUUCUCUAGGUACCGUGAGGAUCCACAACUAUGGGAAACAAUGCUUCCCAACUAGAGAAGGAGAUUGGAUCCGAACAGCUGCCUGCAAACGAACACUAUUUCGGAUUAGUGAAUUUUGGGAACACCUGUUACUGUAACUCUGUUUUACAAGCACUGUAUUUCUGUCGACCAUUUCGAGAGAAAGUUUUACAGUACAAACAACAUCAAAAGAACAACAAGAAAGAGAGCCUGCUGACAUGUCUAGCAGAUCUAUUCUAUACUAUAGCUACACAGAAAAAGAAGGUUGGCACUAUUGCUCCCAAGAAAUUCAUCACAAGAUUACGCAAGGAAUAUGAACUUUUUGACAACUACAUGCAGCAGGAUGCACAUGAGUUCCUCAACUAUUUACUCAACAGAGUGUCUGAGCUGUUACAAGAAAAACAGGGAAACAAGACAAAGAAUGGAGGAAAUGAUAACCAGCCUGGAUCAAAAUCAGAGCCAACUUGGGUGGAGGACCUCUUCCAGGGGACAUUCACUAAUGAGACACGAUGUCUUAACUGUGAAACGGUGAGCAGUAAGGAUGAAGACUUCCUAGACCUGUCUGUAGACGUGGAACAAAACACGUCUAUCACACACUGUCUUCGUGGUUUCAGCAGCACUGAGACCCUAUGUGCAGAACACAAAUACUACUGUGAAGGAUGCUGCAGUAAACAAGAGGCACAGAAGAGGAUGAGAGUGAAAAAGUUGCCUCAAAUCCUGGCUCUUCAUCUAAAAAGGUUCAAGUACAUGGAACAGAUGAACCGAUUUACUAAGUUGUCCUACAGAGUUGUCUUUCCCUUAGAGCUGCGAUUAUUCAAUACAUCGGAUGAUGCGUGUAAUCCUGACCGAAUGUAUGACCUGGUAGCUGUGGUGAUCCAUAUUGGCAGCAGCCUCAAUCGCGGACACUACAUCAGUAUUGUUAAAAGUGACGGCUUUUGGUUCCUGUUUGAUGAUGAUAUUGUUGAUAAAAUUGAUUCCAAUGCAAUAGAAGACUUUUAUGGAUUGCCUUCUGACUUACAGAAAAACUCAGAGACUGGUUAUAUAUUGUUUUAUCAAUCCCGGGAAUGAAUCUGCCAUGGAUGCUAGUCGGACAAAAAAAGCUUGUUUGAGAGAUGAAAUUGCUAAGUGUGUGAACUUCAUUGGAUUGUGAUAUUUUGUUUUAAUUUUGAAUGUUUUUACUUCCUGUUUUGUUUAAGGAUAUAAAUGUAGAUUUGAGUGAUCAGCUGUUAACCAAUGUGUUUGUAAAUCGUGAUAUGUUGUUACUGAGAUCAAUUGAUGCAUCCUUUGCUGGAGUGUUCAAUCUACAAAGUCACUUCCAGUUGGUUUCAUUACAUGCAUAGCUCCUCAACCUCUGACUGAAAAAGUGAGUCUAUUGUAAAUGAAUUUAUAGACAAGUUCAAAAUUAGGAACUUUGUUUUGAGGUGUUUAAACAUUGAUGCAAGUUUUUAAGGAAUGGCCAAUGGUGCUUCUGUUUUUGUCAGAUGUCAAAUUAGAUCUGAAGUGAUGAUAACAUAGAAACAUCACAUGUAUUUUGUGUGGUAAAUCUGACAAGUUUUAUUAAUAAAAUCCAUCACCUGAUUUAGUGCUGUAAUAUUGAACUGUAACAAUUAAUUUCAAAAGCUAUUAAUUAACAACAAUUUACCAAACACCAGUUAUCAUUUAACCGUUGAAAUUUAUUAAUGUUUUUAAUUUGUUUUGUAUAGAUCACUAUUAGAAGUUAACUAUCCCUUCCAUAUUAAUUUCUUCAGUAACUCAAAAUAUUUACUUGAUACUGACGGUAUUGAAUCUUGUUAGGUUACUAGCUGACCUGUAGAUCAGUGUCUGGGAUUACAAGUAUACAUUACAUUUUCACAUUAUAACAAUCAUGUAGGGAUCUUACAUUACAUACCUUGUAAUAGCUAUUACAACAUUGUAAAAUGAUAUGUUAUGACAAAAUAUAGGGAGCCAAGCAGAAAUCUAGACUUCAAGAAUGACCCUGAAAAGCAUGAAGAUGCACAGUGUAAUUAUUACUGAAGAAAGACUAUUUCAGAAGACCAUUAUCUGUUCUUUCUUUGUUUUGAUAUUACAUCAAUUCCUUAAAAAACUGAAAUAAAUUGAAAAUAACAAAGACAAAAAAUAUCAGUGUAUAUUUGUAUGUAGGUCAUUGCAGCUGUCCAUACAGCAAUAUCACUCUUCUUACAUUAGAUUUACUGGUUUCUUAAAUCUCAACCUUAAUUUAUAAAGAUGAUAAAGUUGUUCAGUCUGUUGUAUUAUCAAAAGCAAAUUCCUACUGAAUUUGAUUUCUAUGAGAUGACUAAUAGAGCAUGAUUAUAGAAGAUAGAUUUCAAAAAUAAAGCAAACCGAUCAAUAGCUGGAUGUUUAUGUAAUAUCUAUGUUAGUAAGAUGUUAAUAACCUAAAGAACUGUAAACUAUAUGAAGGAUUUUGUUGAUCUUGAUCAGGAUGAUAUUUAUGAGUGUAAUCUUCACAAAUUAUAUGAUAUAUUGCAUUUGUAAUUUAUUCAGAUGUGACUGUCACGGCUUUACCUAGGUCAGUAAGGUGAUAUUAAUAAGCAAUGAUGAUGUAGAAUAUGUACAAGUAUUUCCACUUUUAUACAGGUUGUUUUCAUAGCAUCAUACACAGUUACAUCUAACUACAUGUAUUAAUAAAUCAUAAUUGGUCAGGAAAAUUGAUUGGAUUAGAAUUUUUUUUUUAAUUUUUAGUGAGAUUGAUAUAAUUUGGAUUAGAAUAGUUUUAUGCUUGUUGCCUGGAUAAUUUCAAUAUGCUUUUUAAAAAUGAAAUACCUCAGAAUUCAAUGUCAUAUCGGUUAGGUUAUGAUUAAGUUCUAUCUCUUUUAUAACAUGUAGGUUGUAUAAAGCAUUUGACUUACUGUAUAUGGAGAGACCUUGGUCACAGGUUAACCUUUGCCCAUUCUAUGCUUUUGUCAAUAAGACGAAAAUAAAAUAAUGGCCAAAGUUUGAAGUUAUUUUUGUUUGAAGGAGAAAGAAAACUCUAGACAAAGGUGUCUCUGUAUACACAAGUGCUUGGUUUUCAAAAUUUCUUUCAAAUGUAUUGUAAUUGACUGUUUAUUAUGGAUUGAUAAUGAUUCAAUGAAGUGAUCAACAAUGCACUUUAUCAAGAAUAAUAAUCAUAUUUCCGUUAGGAUAGGUAACAAAAAUAAGAUCAUGUUUGUAAUAGCAACAGAAACACUUAAUAGGUUAGAUAUUAGAUUGAUAGAUAAUAUUAAUUUAAGAUUAUAAUCAGGGUAAAGCUGUUUAUUUAAAUGUGUAAAAACACUAUUAACUACAGGGUGGUAUCAUGAUACUCCAUUCUGUUGAGAAUGUUACAAUAAUUUGAUGCCCUCUCUCUCACUCUCUAAAGGGCAUGUGCUUGAUCUUGUUUUUGUACUUGAAUAUACAAAGAUUUACUGCCCUUUCAUCAUUGUGAAAGAAUACCAGACAAUAUUUCCAAUUUUCUUUGGUGUAUACUGGAGUGAACUGAUCAUUUCAUAACUGGUAGCCUAGACAAUUUACUGAAAAUAGAUGAAAUACUAGAGAACUUGCAUGAGUAAGGACUUUAACUCAUGUAAUGUUGUUAUUCAAUAACAUACAUACAGGUGAAUCCUACUUAUCACCAAACCAUUUAUGAUAGGUGACAGGAAGGGACAUUAAUCUUAUCAACAUGCUUUUAUGUUUUGUAUGAGAAUUUCACAAUUUGAGUGUACUUAUUGUGUAUAAUGUAGAGAAAAGUACUUCAUUAAAUUUUGUAUUUUUGAUUCAUUCAAAGCUUGAUGUAAUGCAUAACAUUUCCGUAUGAAAACAUUCAAAUUGAGCAAUUCAUCUUGAAUCUGUCUGACAUUAUUUACAUAUCAUGAAUGAAUAUUUCACUCAAAAAUAACUACAGAUAAUACUGCAUGAAUGAGUUUGAAAUUCUUUCCAGAUUAACAGUAAUGAAAUAAAAUAAAACUUUUCCCCCAAUUGUAAGAUUUUAAAACAAAAUGACACUCAUCAAUUUUUUUCAUCAAUUAAUUUGCAUUUCUCUGACACUAAAUUUUAAUAGAGAACAAAAUGACACUCAUCAAUUUUUUUCAAAAAUUGAUUUGCAUUUUUCUGACACUUCUUUCCUAGAUAUCAUAUUUAAUACUUUACACUUAUAAGUUGUAAAACAAAUUAACAUUGCAUUUGUAAACAAAGGAAAGAUAUUUACUCAGGCUAAGUUUGAAUGAAAUGAAGAUCAUUCUCGAAGGUAAUUGAGAACAUAUUAACAUUUUCCAAUUAUGUUGAAGUGAAGAAAUACGAGUUGUUUUUUUAAUAAAUGUAGAAUAACUUUAAUAGAUAUUUAAUUAAAAUCCUAGUUAUCAGGUAAUCAACAUCUAAAUGAUUGGGGUUGUGAGAGGAUGGUGAUUUUGUUCUUACUUUGUACAGUAUAUGACAUUGUAUAAAUCAAUUGAAUAUGUUACAUGUAAUUUGAUUCAUGCUGUUAUUGCAAAAAUAAGUGUCUUGGCUGAAAUAUGUAGGUAUAUAAACACUGUCUUUGUGGUUUGUCUGUGAAGUGUCAAUGGAGAUGUUAUACAAGGUCAAUCUUUUUUGUUUGUUUGUCCGGUGUCGAUAUCUAAAACCACUUAUUUUUUAUAGAAUUUCCCAAAGGAUCAGAUAUCUAAGUAAACCUUUAAAUUCUAGAAUAGAUUUUAGACAAUUGUUAUGGAACGUUUUUCCUCUGAAUUUAUUGUCAGCAAAGUGAAUGUGAUCUUCGCAAUCAAUGACAUAGAUUAUGUGUGAGAAUAUGUUGAUGAGAAAUUCAAGAUUAACUUAAGCAUGAAAAAUAUUGCACAUAAAAAUUUGGAGUUUUUGAUUGGCAUGAUGACAUCAAUACAAAGUGUUUCUAUCGGUCAAUUCAUAUUUUCUUUUUUAAAAUUACUAAUGUUUUGCAGAAAAAUCAAAUUGAUACUGUAGAUAAUGUUUUAUAACUUCAUAUAGAUGGACUCGUCUGAUAUUUUCAUCCUGUGUAUUUUUUCCCUUUGCUUUAAUCUAUUAGUUAGCAUUAUUAAGUAACAUGUAUUGAUUAGAACACGUUUGAACAAAGAAUUUAUUGAAAAUUCUAUAUAAUUAUGAUAUUUAUCAAGAAGGCAAGACAAUAAUAGUUUGAUUAUAUAACAUCACACUUUUGUUGUAGCUUAUAAUUUUGUGUCCAUGAUGUCUGAUGAGAACUGUGUACUGGUAUAUGUCUGGAGUGAAAAAACCUACAACCACGAAAAACUGACUUCUGUUGAUGAAUACUAUUACCUAUGAUCAUUUGUAACAUGAAUGAUAAUCAGAUUGAAGUUAUAUUAUCUUCAACAAUAGUUUUGUAAUUUGUAAAUGAUUUCUUCAUGACCAGGACUGAUUUAUGCAGUGAUAUAGAUAAUUGCAUUUAUUGUGAACAACACGUGUUGUAGUAUUAGAAUAUCAAUUACUUUUAGUAUGUACAGGUAUUACUUCUCCCACAGAUCUUGUUUCUGUUGAAAAAUAUAUUAGUCUACUGAAUGAAUUAAUGACAAUUUUCACUCUUGGUUAUGGGUUGUCCCAAAUUUACUUCAAACUAUUUUUGGCAACAUGAUGUUAAACUCUGUGGGGUUUUCAUCACUUGAAUAUUAUUAAAUAAACCGAUAACAAUAAACGUGGUAAUAGAUAAGAAGGGAAGAGGGGAACCGCGACUAGUGUUUUGUCUACUGAAAAUUAUAUUGUAUUCAUACUUACAGUAGGUAAAAGUGAGUUAACAGCUGCCAACUGUAAACACAGGACCUUACAAUGAUUGGUUCGUGGAAUGAAAUUAGCUUAAGUUAAUUACUUAACAGUGAAACUUUGAUCAGGGUGUAUGUCUAAGUUCCUUGAUUUUUUUUUCGACUCUACAAAUAAAAGUUAGUUGGAUAUUUUAAAGAUUUUUUUUUUCAUUGACAAAUACUGAAAUAUGUAUGUUAUUCACAGCUACAUGUGUUUGUAAGUCAGGAAGGAAUAAUGAAAGAUGUAGACAAAAUUUUUUACUAUAAUUGACGGAAUGAAUUACAUGUAGUUGAAUUUUUCUUUAUUAGUGAUAAUGUUUUCUUCAAUGGUACAUUUGUAUCAGUAUGACGUCAUGUUUUUGUUUAAAGCGACUGGCUUUAAUGGAUACCAGAUGGAGAACUCUAACCGGAAAUCAUUAGAUGUACGGGUUUUUGUCAAGGUGGGAACAGGUCCAUUUUUACCAAAGCCUGUCUCUUUCUGAUAACUAUACCAAUGUUACUAUCAAUCAUGGAAGUUUUUAGUGUGUUGAUGCACCCAUGUUAUAGGUCAUUGUGGACCAGACGAUAUUUAACGGAA